AUGGAGACACGAAUUGGUCAGUCAGAAUCUCUGCCUCUGGAGCGAGUUGGGGUCCUCCCCGCCACGAACUGUGGGAUUGCCUCCUGUUACAACCUGGAAGCUGCCGGGGGACUACAGUGCCGUCCGCAGGGCUAUGGUCACCCCGCCUCGCCGUACCCCAUCCUUGUCACUGGAGUGACUAUCCACCGUCCCCGAAGGUCAGCGUCCCGAGGCUAUAUCUCAGAACCUCAUUCUAAGGACACAGCAGGAGGAAAAAUGGCCAAAUCUUUCCCAGUACUUCUGUUCUUCAUGCUGAUACAUUUGGUGUUACCUUCUGGCCCUCGACAAUGGUGGCCACCACAUGGACCUGUUAAGGUGAAAUGUCCAUUUAGGAAAGUAGACUUGAGUUGGUUCAGAGGAACAGUGAACCCCUGCCCUGGUUUACAUCAACCCAUCUGUGGCACUAAUUUCGUAACCUAUGAAAACCCCUGCAUCUUGUGUGUUGAGAGCUUGAAAUCUCGGGGAAAAAUUAGAUAUGAACAUGAUGGAAAAUGCUAGCCAAGUGGACUUAGAUGUGAAAGAAGCCAUCUUCUCUUUCUCCCCAUCAUGACAAUCCUCCUCUUGCAACUCACCCCUCCUUGCGUGUGUUCUUAGUGACAGAGAGUUGCCCCUACUGAGCUCGUAUCAGACGGCUAAAGGUUUCUUCUUUAGACCUCUUCCCUCACUGAUUCACUGCCUUCCGUAUUCUCCCUAAUAAAUAAACUUUUCU